UCGUGCAAGGACCUUCCAGUCGCUGAUCAGUGACCAGUUGGAUAGCAUCUGCCAUAUACUCCAAGACGACGCUGAAGGAUACUCUCUGUAAACGCCAGUUUUCGGGAUAUACUCAGAUAAUCAGAUAAACAACAAGAGGUACAAACAGCAUCAUGUGGAUUUAUAAAUUCCUCCUCUGCGUCGCGCUUCUCGUUUACUCAGAGAGCAAGCGGAACCCUCUGCAGGACUACCAGAAGAGCGACGGAGUUCGCCUGGUGACCCCCUCCGAGCCCUACCAGACCAAGGUCAAGCGCCUGAGUCUGGUCAAGUGUGCCCGCAGGUGCAGAGGGAACAGGAGGCUCCCAUGCAGGGCCUUCAGUUAUGAUCACAAAAACAGGAAAUGCCACUGGCUCUCUUUCGACAGCCUCACUCCAAGCAUACACACAGAGAAGGACUUCAACUUUGACCUUUACGAGAAGAAAGACUAUGUGAGGGAGUGCAUCGUGGGGACUGGGCAGAGCUACAAAGGACGGAGGUCUUUGACGGAGAGCGGCGUGCGGUGCCAGAACUGGAGCUCCAUCAUCCCACAAGAGCACAAUUUCCUGCCAAGGAAGAACAGGAAGAAGGACCUCCGGUACAACUUCUGCCGUAACCCAGACAACGCCACCAGCGGGCCCUGGUGCUUCACCACGGACCCUGAGAUCCGCCUGCAGGCCUGUGGUCUUCCGCAGUGCUCCGAGGUGGAGUGUGUGAGCUGCAAUGGCGAGAGCUACAGAGGGCCCAUGGACCACACAGAGAGUGGGCGCGAGUGCCAGCGCUGGGACCUGGACGAACCGCACAGACACGACUACCACCCCAAGAGCCACCCCAGUAAAGGCCUGAAGGACAACUACUGCAGGAACCCUGACGGCCGCCACAGGCCCUGGUGCUUCACCACAGACCCCAACAAGGUCUGGGAGUACUGCAGCAUCAAAGAGUGUGAGAGCAGCGCUCUCGUCGAGCGGGACACGAGCACGCACUGUUACCGGGGCCGUGGGGAGGGCUAUCGCGGGGACGUGGGAGUGACGCCCGGCGGCCUGAUCUGCCAGCGCUGGGACUCCCAGUUCCCCCACCAGCACCAGUUCAACCCUCAGCACUACCGCUGCAGAGACCUACGGGAAAACUACUGUAGGAAUCCUGACGGCCGCGCCCUUCCCUGGUGCUACACGACGGACCCGAACGUUCCGAUAGCGUACUGCAGCAACAUCCCCCACUGUGAGGCCUCCGAGACCGAGAAGUGCUAUGAGGGCAAUGGAGGGUCGUACAGAGGAACCCUAUCUGUGACCAGGUCGGGCAUUCCUUGCGCCACCUGGAAAGGCCGCUCUGAGAGCACCAGCAAGAGCACGGACGCGGCGGUGCUGAGCAUCGACCCGGAGAAGAGCUACUGUCGCAACCCAGACGGCGAUAAGCACGGCCCCUGGUGCUACACCAACAACUCCUACAUCCGCUGGGACUACUGCAACAUCAAGCCCUGUGAAACAUCAAUGAACAGCCUCCCUCCCGCUGAGGUUCCCAAGAAAUCUUGCGCCAUUCAUGUAUCCGUCCGAAUCGUAGGAGGGGGACCAGCCCCACCCGAGGACGGCAGCUGGAUGGUCAGCAUCCAGAAGGGGAACAGUCACUGGUGUGGAGGGUCUCUGAUCCGUGAACAUUGGGUGCUGACAGAUCGGCAGUGUUUCUCCUCCUGCGUACCGGACUUGAGUGAGUACAAGGUGAUCCUGGGAGCAGCUCACCUCAACGCGUCUGUGCACACCGAGCAGGAAGUGAGGAUCGCCUACAUCCUGUGCGGCCCAGAAGGUUCCGGCCUGGCCAUGCUGCGGCUCACAGAGCCUGCUCAUGCAGUAUCAAACAUUCGGUUCAUCCAGCUGCCUGUAGCAGGCUGUACUAUCCCUGAGAGCACCGUGUGCACUAUGUAUGGCUGGGGGGAGACCAAAGGCACCGGGUACGAGGACGUGCUGAAAAUGGUGAAGCUGCCGAUCGUUAGCAACCAGAAGUGCCGUGAGAACCACCGAGGGAGCCUGCAGAUAGGCGACAACAAAGUGUGUGCGGGCGGACGCAGAGACGAGGGGGUGUGUGAGAAAGACUACGGCGGCUCGCUGGUGUGUGAAGACCGUGGGAGUAAGGUCAUCAUCGGCGUAAGUGUCCACGGCCGGGGCUGCGCCCGCCACAAUCGGCCCGGGAUCUUCGUCAACGUGGCGUACUACGCCAACUGGAUCCAUAAAGUGUACAGACAGUACCCAGAACAGAACUACUAUAUCUAAAUGGCAGCGGCGCGUGUCAUUUUACGCAAAAGGCUUCUGAACUUGGCAGUUCCCGAAGGUUAAAACCUUGAAAAUACAAGAGCCUGGUGGGAACAGUGUGAAUUGACUCACCGUUAUGUAACGCAAACAACAGCAGUGGCCUCAGACUCCACAGGGGAUCACGGUCCAACAAGAGCAAAGACGAUCUGGCCAAGACUCUGAACUACUGGAUCUGUGAUCGCCAU